AUGUCAUGCCUUUCGAUAGUGACAUUUGUUCAUCACUCUAACAACACCUUAGUCGGCCACCCUCUUGAUCAUGGCAAAGAUCACUUUUACUACAUCAAACCUGCCAUAACAGAUGGAGGCAGUGACACUUUGUUAAGGAGAAGCAGCAAGUCAUGCUCUUUGUUUGUUGGUCAAGAGAAUUCUGAUGCAGAAAUAGGUACACCCGUUUUCUUCACCCCUUUUGCAGAAAAAAGAUGGUGCCGUGAAGCGUUUAUGGAAGCUGUAGAGAGAAAAUCUUCUUCUGGGUAUGGCACUCCUCCAUGGCUCCAUCUUGUGAAGGCAGAGAAAGCACGAGCAUUCAUUCCAAAAGAAUUCAAAUUGGUUGAAGCUUUUGGAUACACUCUUGGUGGUUUCUUUCUAGCAAGUUAUGAGGACAGUCCAGUUGGUGUCUUUGAUGAGCAGCUUGUUGUGAUUGCAGGACUUGUAUGGAACCGCCCAACAUCCUGCGCAUGGGCGACGAAGGUGUACGUGAACAGCGAUGAGGCCUGUUGUCACGGAAGAAAGGAGGUGGGGCUUCCAAGCCAGAUGGCCAGGUUUUCCAAGACAAUUACAGCAAACUCAAGACAACAGAGGGGCAGAAAGAGUGGAUUUCUUAAUAGGAUUGGUGCCAAGUUCUCUAGUCCAAAGGAUCCCCUGAAUGUUGAAGUAACCAAAAUCAAAUGUGUUGAUGCAGAGGAGACAUGUAAUAUUAACAUCAGUCUCACAAGUCCUGUGCCUUCUUUGAGCUUUGGCCACUGGGUGGGGCCAACAAUCAGAAUGUCACUUCCAAGUUUUAGUGGAGCUACAGAGUAUAAUCCAAACCUCCUCAAAUACUCUUGCCAGAUUGAAUGCAGGGUGCAAGCAUUGAAACCGUUGAAGGUUUCAGAAUCAUUCCCUUCAACAAAUGAUGACACUGAACAAUCUUUAGAAGAUCAUGUAAGCAGUAGCCAUGUGGCUGAAGAUCACAAAAAUGAUGCACAAAAUUUCAGCACUUGUGUGAUGUUAUCAAAACCAAUAUUAGCACUGAAGUUUAAUCAAAUGAAGAUGCAGGUUGAAGCACCCCUUGUGCUUUCACCAUGCACAAAUUCUUUACAAACUACAGUCAGUUCUGUUCCAUAG